CCUGAUGGUGGCCUAUGGAGAAAAUGCUUUCUGGGCCACAAGGUGGAGAAUUUCGUUGCGAUACCGCGAGUGGCCACUGGAAUAAAAGAAAGUGUCUGAAAGGCUGAGCGCUGUUCCUGAAGGGGCUGAUGCCAGCCUGAGAUCAGCCACCAACAACACAACCACCACCACCAAGAGGAACCGCUCCGAGUUUAAAAUCAUUAUUAUGGGAAUGUACAAGGAGGGCCUUGCUUCGAUCAACAUGGCGGACAACAAAGCGCAGAGAGCUGGGGUAAUAUAACAGCACAGCGGCGCACUAUCUCUGACUGUACACAUCACAAUGGAUCAGGUCCACAACUCCCACGAAGGCUUCAACAACAACAACAACAGUCCGUAUAAUAACCACUACCCGAACUACAGACCCGGCUAUGGGAAUGGUGGAUACGCGGGAAUAAUGAGUCCCUCGCGCCGGGGGAAUAACCCGAUGGGCCCGGGCACUAAAGCGGCUAUGAUUGCUACCAGCUCCCCGGCCGGUAUCGGAGGGUAUCAGCAGCGGUUCCCCGGGCAACAGUGUCCGCAGCAACAGCACCAGCACCCCUCCGGAGCUACGCCGACUUUAAACCAGUUAUUGACGUCUCCCAGCCCGAUGAUGCGAGGUUAUGGAAGUGGAUAUCCCGAUUAUAACGUUAAUUCUUCACAGCAACAACAGCAGCUAACGUUAGCUAAGGACAUCCAGUACGGCUCGGCUACUCACGGCUGGGGGGCACAACAAAGAAGUCACCCGGCCAUGAGCCAGGGAAACAACGGCCAGGGCAGCGGCAGACUUCAGGUGGCGGCGAUGGACCCGACGGGGAUGAAGUGCUCGCAGCUCUACGGCAUGAGCAACCACCCGUACGCCCAGCAGCAGGGGGCGCUAUACUCCGGCCAGCCCUACGGUGCUCCCUCCCCCCACAGAUACCCGAUGGGAAUGCCCAGCAGGGGGCAGAUGGGGAUGGGAGGGAUGCAGUACCCUCAGCAGCAGAUGGGUUCUCAGUACAGCCAGCAGCAGCAGAGCAUGGGUGGUUACGGUCAGCCAGGUCAGCCUCCGUACUUCAGCCCUCCACAGCAGCAGCCUGCCGCCCCGAGCCAGCCACCGUACAUGCAGCCACGCCCGCUGCCACAACAGGAGGUGCCUCAGGAGGCGUAUGGGGGGCGCGGCCAGUCUGCUGCUAUGACUCCUGGGAAACCGAACCACGAGGAGAUGAGUCUGAGCCAACAGGAGAGGCCGUCCAGCCUGCCGGAUUUAUCCGGCUCCAUCGAUGACUUGCCCACGGGCACCGAGGCAGCGGUGAGUUCAGGGGCGUCGGGCUCCGGCAGCGCUCAGGGCGACCAGGGGACCCCGGCCCGUUCUCCUUUUCCCCACGUCUCCCCUCGCCUCCCCCCCCCAGCUCGCUCGGGGCCCUCCCCUUCCCCCUCGCUGUCCCCCGCCGGCUCCAGCAGCCAAUCACGGUCCGGACCCAUGUCCCCCGCCGCCAGCGGGCCAGGUUUCCCUCCCUCCAUGCAGCGAAGCACUUUGUGGCAUCAGUUUGACCCCCAGCAGUCGGCACCACCCAUGUCCCCUCACACAGCACCAGGGGGGCCCAUGCACCACGGCUCCUACCAGCAGGGGGCCUCCUACGGCCAGUAUGGUCCCCCAGGUAACUACCCUCGCCCCCCCCACUAUGGCGGGGCCCCCAGUGCCAACUACAGCGGCCCGGGCCCCGGCUUAGCCAACAGCCUGGGUUUGAACGCCAGUAGUCCCAUGCACGGCCAGGGCCCGUCCACUCCGGCAGGUCGUGGCCCUGGGCCCGGAGCCGGGGGCCGGCCGUACCCCGCCGGAGGAAGCACCAUGGCCCCUACUUCCCCCGGCAUGCCACAGCCUGCCGGGCAGGGCAUGGGACCCCCGGGGCCCAACGCCAGCAGCAAACCGCCUGAAGUCGGCCCCAACGCCGGGCCUAGUGCCAACUCCAACACCGCUCAGAGCAGGCAGGGCAGCUACCUGGGCAUGGCCCCGAUGGGAGGAAUGGGAGGAGGCCCGUACAGCCAGCAAACAGGCAGCAACUCUGGGAGGAUGACUCCGCAGGGACCCCCUUACAACGCUACAACCUCAGGCGCCAUGAUGAUGAUGAUGCCAGCAGACGGGACAGGAGAUGGCGAGCUCGGCUACGAACCGCCCAAAGCCAAGCCCCCCGUGUCCCCCAGCCUGUCCUCGUGUCCCGGUGAAGACGCCGGUAGCAGCUCCGCCUGGGCCAAGACGACAACCAGCUCCCAGAAGCAGAACGUUGCCACGGUGACCAGCGAGAAGAUCGCGCGUCUGUACGAGAUGGGCGGCGAGCCCGACAGGAAGUUGUGGGUCGACCGCUUCCUGUCCUUCAUGGAGGAGCGCGGCACGCCCGUCCCUAACCUGCCCACCGUCGGGAGGAAGCCUCUGGACCUCUGCAGACUCUACCUGGCCGUCCGGGAGAUCGGAGGCCUCGCCAUGGUGAAUAAGAACAAGAAGUGGAGGGAGUUGUCGUCUCUGUUGAGCGUGGGCACCUCCAGCAGCUCGGCCAGCUCCCUGAAGAAGCAGUACAUCCAGUACCUGUUCGCCUACGAGUGUAAGGUAGAGCGAGGGGAGGAGCCUCCGCCUGAGGCGCCCGGCUGCACCAGAGACACCAAGAAACCCCCGUCACUGCAGGCCAAGGUCCAGCCGCCCUCCCCAGCCAACUCGGGCUCCCUACAGGGCCCCAACACCCCUCAGUCCGAGGCCCCCGGAAACCUGAAGCCCCCGCACAGCCACGUGGGCCCCCAGCCCUCCACCCCACACAGCCACAUGGGCCCCCAUCCUGCAAACAGGAACAUGGCCGGGGUGAGCAUCCUGGACCCGUUCUCUGAAGGCAGCGAUCCAGCCUUCCACAACAAGCGAGGCCCGGGACCCCGCGGCGCCCCCUUCCAGCAGGGAGGGGGCCCCGCAGACCCCUCAAUGAGGAUGCAGUACGAGGCCAACAAAGACCCGUAUGGAGGACCCAGGAAAGGUCCGGUGCCCGGCGAGGCCUUUGGUCCGGGUCAGAUGCCCAGCGGUGCCAUGCAGGAAGUGUACCCCCACGGGCCGCCCUCUGGGCCCCUAACAGGGAUGGACCCCAGACCCCAGUACCCCUUCGGCCCCGGAUACGAGCGGAGGCCGGACCACGUGCCGGGGCCGGACGGGGGCGUGGCGCCCCCCGGAGGUCAGAGCGGCGUGGCGCCGUCUGGUGGCGAGGCCGGCAUGUACCCGGCCAACAGAUACACGCAGCGGAGACACGAUGGCUACGGGCAGCAGUAUCCUCACAGCCUGGCCUACACUUCCCAUCAGCCACUGCUCCCUCCGCAGCAGGGAUACAAGCGUGCGAUGGAGGGCGUUUACCCCCCGGCAAAGCGCCAUGAGGCCGAGCCCUUCACGGCGCAGCAGUUCGGCUCCCACCCCCCCGACGUGUUCGGCCCGUACGGCGGCAGCGGUGGGGGCUACGUGGGCCCCGAGCAGCGCCCGGUGCAGGGCCAGUACCCGUAUCCAUACGCCCGGGAGCGGCAGCACGGCAUGAUGGGCCCCGGGGAGGGGCCGCAGCCCAACAUGUGGCCCCCCAGGACUGACUACGCAUACGGCCGGCAGGGCCAGGGGUACCCCAGCGUGACCCGAGGAGACGAGCAGGACAGCCAGUGGCCCCCCGGGCAUCCCGGCCAACGACAGCCCCCGUACCCCCACUCUGCCUCCCCCUCCAUGCCCCCCAUGCCUUCCAGACAGCCCCCCCCCACCUCCUUCCAGGCCACGCCCACUGCCCCAAACCAUGUGAGCCGCUCUCACAGCCCCUGCUCGUUCCCCCGGCCCCCGGGCGGCUCCCUGUCCCCCAACAGCGCUCCCUACCCCCCAUCCGUGAAGAAGCCGGGGCCCACGGCCCCUCAGGGGCCCCCCCUCAUCCACGGAGAGGUCAGCAGCUUCCCACCGGACUCUGUGGAGGCCACCGUUCCCAAACUGAAGCCACGACGCAGGCUAACUGCCAAGGACACAGGAACCCCGGAGGCGUGGCGGGUGAUGAUGUCACUGAAGUCCGGCCUGUUAGCGGAGAGCACCUGGGCUCUGGACACCAUCAACAUCCUGCUGUACGACGACAGCACCAUGGGUUCCUUUAACCUGUCGCAGCUUCCUGGUUUCCUGGAGCUGAUCGUGGAGUAUUUCCGGCGCUGCCUCAUCCAGAUCUUUGGCAUCCUGGUAGAGUACGAGGUGGGAGCCGAGGGCCAGAGGACACUGCCCGACCCCCUCAAGGAAAAGGAGGAGGAGGAGGAGGAAGAAGAAGCGAAGGAGAAGCCAUCUGACGGCCAAUCAGCCGAGGCUCAGAGGACACCAAAGACGGAGGAGGGAACGCUCGCAGCUUCAGCCGACGUUGAGAAAGCGGAAGCUGUUGUAAAAGAGGAAGUGAAGGAGGAGCAGGUGGAGAUCCGCCCCCAACAGGCCAGCAAGUUCGACAAGCUGCCAAUCACGGUGGAGGAGGAGGGGGAGGAGUGGGAGGAGCUGGAGAGGCGCUGGGCCGAGCUAAGCCAAUCAAACGGCUUCAUCAGCGGCCUCUUGCACUGGAAAGCUGGGGGAGGAGACACCACUGCUCACAUCCAGACGGGGGAGUCCACUGCUCACAUCCUGACGGGGGAGUCCACUGCUCACAUCCACACGGGGGAGUCCACUGCUCACCUCCACACGGGGGAGUCCACUGCUCACCUCCACACGGGGGAGUCCACUGCUCACAUUCAGACGGGGGAGUCCACUGCUCACAUUCAGACGGGGGAGUCCACAAUGAAGAGGAGAGGGGAAGUAGACGAGGCGACAACACCUGAAACGCAAAAAGGCUUCCUGUGGGAGGGGAGGGGACCCAGCCCCCUCAGCGAGCUGGAGGACGAGCCUCUCUGCUGGGACGAGUGUCCCCUGUCCCUGGCCGAGUCGUGGCAGGACUCUGUGUCCAGACGCUGCCUGUGCGUCUCCAACAUCCUGCGCGGCCUCUCCUUCGUCCCCGGCAACGACGGCGAGAUGUCGCGGCACGCUGGCCUGGUGCUGAUCCUCGGCCGACUGGUGCUGCUGCACCACACACACACACCCAGGAAACGAACGUCGCCGAGCUUCCGUCGGCCAGAGGAAGCUGCUGGUGUGGCGUGCAGCCGGGACGGGUGGCGCCGGGACUGCCUGGCGGCGCUGCGCGAGGACACACUGGUGACGCUGGCCAACGUGGCGGGCCAGCUAGACCUGUCUCUGUACCCCGAGAGCAUCUGCCUGCCGCUGCUGGACGGGCUGCUCCACUGGACGGUCUGCCCGUCCGCCGAGGCCCACGACCCGCUCGCCGCCUCGGCGCUGUCGCCGCGCCGACUGGCGCUGGAGUGCCUCUGCAAGCUGAGCAUCCAGGACGGCAACGUGGACCUGCUGCUCGCCACGCCGCCUUUCAGCCGCCAGCGAACGCUGUUCGCCGCGCUGCUCCGCCUCGUGGGCGAACGCCGCAGCCAGGUGUGUCGGGAAAUGGCGGUCGCGGUUCUGUCCAACCUGGCUCAAGGCGAAGCCGCGGCGGCGCGCGCCGUGGCGUUGCAGAAGGGCAGCGUGGGAACGCUGAUCGGCUUCCUGGAGGACGCCGUGGCCGCCGCCGCCACGGGGCAGUUCCAGCACGUUGGCGAGCCAGCCAGCGUCAACAUGAUGUGCCGCGCCGCCAAGGCGCUGCUGGCCGUGGCGAGGACGGAGGACGGCCGGACGCAGUUCGUGCUGCACGAGAGCCGGCUGCUGGACGUCUCGCUGGCGCCCGCGCUCGACGCGUCGGUGGCGGCCAUCUUGUGCGAAGUACUGUUUAAAAUCGGGCGCUCGUGACACGAAAAAAAACACGGGCUCCGAUUCUAUUUUUUAUUUAAAAAACCAAAAUGUUUUUACGUACAGAUGAAUAUAUAUAGAGAGAGAGAGAGAGAAUAUAUAAAUAUCGGCUCCAUCCGCAAGAAAUGUUCAUUUGGGAUUUUUAAGUAAUUUUUAAUACAGAUGAUGAAACUAUUUAAUACUUGUAUUUUUAAUUUUUUUUUUUUUAUUAUUCUUUUGUCCGUUUUGUUGUUUUUAGUUUUUAACCAAAGUGUGAAGGUCAAAGUCUUUGGCUUCUGGCUCUCUUUGUUUCUUUCUGUUCUUCUGAGUUAUUUAAACGGUGACACGUGUUGUAGAUAGGCGUCUUUUAUUUUUUAUGUUUUUCUCACGACGGAGGAAACACUGAUGUUCAGUCACAGACUUUUGAUUAGGGAUGCACCGAAUCCAUAUUUUUGGGGUUUCGCCCGAAUCCUGAAUCCCCUGGUUGAGAUUGUGCUGACUCCUCCUCCCAUCAUCAGUCCAUGAACCCAGUAAACUCAUGAAUGAAGUAA